AUGGUCAGGGGCUGGGUGAUUGGCGUGUGGAUGGGAGUGGCCUUGUUGGCUGACUCGGUGGUGGGGAUGGGGGAGGCCAACUUGGUGUGGGGCGCCUUUCGCACGGUCAGCGCCGGUGCCAACGUGACCGACUGGCUCAUCCCCGCUCCCUACGAGCCUGGAAAUCAUACCUUGCAGGUGCUGUUACUCUCCCACACGAUCGGCACGCCUUUUGUGGUUGGCACGGCUAGCCAAGACCCCACCGUCACAGCGCUGCUGCUCAAUGCCUCCAACUCAGUGCCCCUCACCGUGGCCGCCGACAUCUUGGCCGAUAUCCCCGCCCUGGACUGUCGCACUGUUGCAGAUCAAGUCCCCACAGCCUUUGGCAUGCAAUACGAGCUGUGGAAUACCCUUCAUAACAACCAGUACACGAUGGAAGAGGCCAUUCCUCUGAUUGGCAACUAUGGCAGCAACAACGAGCGCGCACUACGUCUUCAUGCGUUCUGGCUCCGGUACGCAGGUAUCCACUUUGUCAUGAUCGACUGGUCCAACAACGUCUUUGGACUGGACAACUGGCAGGACCUCGGUCAAAACAUGAUCGAGAUCAUGCAAGCCACCACCAACCUGCUCACCCUUUACCACAACAUGUCACAAGCCAACCAAGUCCACCCGUGCGUCACGCUGCUGCUGGGGCUGGAUAAUGGCCCCGUGGCCAAGCCUGACGUGUUUCAAGACGAGAUUGAUUGGAUUUUCACAAAUUACCUCACCACACCCAAAGCCACUGAGAUGCUGAAUUUUCGGGGCUAUCCACUAGUCACCAUCCUGGAUACCGCCGGCAGCUACACUAAAGGCUUUUUUAACGACAGUGGCCUGACUGUGCGCCUCAUGGGCGCCCAGCUGCAGGGCCGCCCCGACUUGGUCCAGCGUGGAUACUGGUCAUGGAUGUCAGUUCCCAGCUUGCCCCUCGCCCUGCCUCCCAUGGACGGAAGUCUGCAACCCACAGUGGCGCAAUACUGCGAUGACUCGUCGCACUGUAUGAAUGAAGCCAUGACCAUCACCAAUGCCUUUUUCAAUGGGGGAGGGUGGUUGGCACCUACUGCGCAGGGCAAGGAACAGGGCACCACUUUUUUGGAACAGAUGAAAUACAUGGCGCAAGCUCAACCCAAGGUGGUGCUGGUGUGCCAAUGGAACGAGUUUAUUGGGCAAAGUGAAGGCAGCACCACAACGUACGUGGAUAUCUACAAUAGUACGCUGGGAAACGACAUGGAGCCCACAGAUUUGGUGCAGUGCGCCUAUCAGCGGCCCGACGAUCUUCACUGUGGCGGCUGGCUUUGGCUGAAAAAUCGGGCACCACCGCAACAGCGUGCUGACAUUGGCUGCUGGGUUAGGGGCUAUCGGUCAUUGAACAUGCUGCGAGGCGCAACCGCGCUUAUGAGCGACCCGGAGGUGGCCUUGAACGUCAUGUUCACCGUGCAGGCGCCCUUGAAUUUCAGCUCGGUCGAGGCUGCAGACUUUGCCGUGACUUUAGAUACCUUGUUCAGCGAUGAAACGGCCUUUGCCGUUGUUUGCUCCUUCAACGGCCAGUCUUUGGGAGCAGACCUUGCCCACAUUAACGCAAGCCAAUGCGUUGUUGACGAUGAGAUUCACAUCUCCGUGCGAGCCAACACCACCUCGCGCUAUGGGUUUGGCGUGGAACAGCUCAACUUUGUGCCAGAGACCACCCAACCCGUGCCACCCAGCGUGAACUUGAUCCUUCGGCCGACAUAA